CUCGGAAAAUAACGGUGUUUGUUCGAAACGCAUUCAGUGCGCAAGAACCCUCGCUUGCCGCCAAAUGGAAACCGUCAGCGAAGCAAUUCUCGUGGCAUAAACAGUGCGGAAGUUUAGUGCAACUGCAACUGUUCGCGAUUACUCUACGUGUGUUGCGGUUGAUUUUUUUGUUGCGUUUAAAUUGCCUGCAGUUCGCGCGAUUUCGAAGUCAUGCAGUGUGAGCAAAUUGACUGUUGAUUGAACACCACUCGAAAGGAAAGCGGAUUAAACGACUUUUACAAUGCACUCAAAUCUGUGGAUAUUUAUUUGGCGCCGAAAACUUUCCUUCCUACUCGUUGUGUCUGGCCUAGUGCUCCUCGGUCUUUGGACAUGGGCCAUACUAAUCGAUACGACAGCCGCCACACAGCCACCCGCCGUCGGCUCCUCAAGUUCUGAGGGACAACAGCAACAGCAGUCCACCGGCUACCAGCAGGUUCAUAUUAUCCAGAAGCUGAUUGCCCAGGCCAACCGGGUGCUGAGAGCGGAGCGAUUAAAGGACAACGCCGUCGAGAAGUCUUCAUCGGCAGUCCAACGUUUGGGCAACGUACGAUUUCUGCGGCCCACGCAGGUUAAGAAGGGUCCACUGCCCAUGUCCGAGACUUAUCUAUUUGAGCAGGAACGCUUCAAGAUUCUGGAACAACAGCAACGCCAAAGAAACGCCGGUAUGGAGGAACUGAAUGCCAAUGCCGAGGAUGAGCGAAUGCUCAGUUCGGCGGAAAGGCAAACGCAGUAUGAGCACGAGCUUCAACGGAUGGGAGUGCCGGUGGUGGCGGGGAUUGGACCGGAUGGGCCGAGGGGCCCUGCGGAGCGUCUAGUGCAUCUAGAUCUUAAAGGAGCACCACCGAAGCUAAGUUUUCUGAAACAAUUGCUUCCCGUUUUAAAGGCCCUUGGGGCUACGGGUCUGCUUAUCGAGUACGAGGAUAUGUUUCCCUAUAGCGGAGUUCUCCAGCCACUGGCGGCACACAAUGCCUACAAGGAAGACGAACUUAGGGAUUUUCUAGAGUGCGCUUCCCUUCACGGUCUGAGCGUGAUGCCACUCGUCCAAACCUUCGGCCAUAUGGAAUACGUCCUCAAAUUGUCUGGAUUUGAGCAACUGCGAGAACUGGCGGAGAGUCCGCAGUCGAUCUGCCCAAGCCAGCCACAGAGCAUGGCGCUGCUGGAGCAGAUGCUCACCCAAGUGAUCGAGUUGCAUCUGCAGUGUUUAGGUCAGGCGACUCCUGCAUCUGCCGUACCCACAGCACCGAUCCGAUUCACCCACAUUCACAUUGGCUGCGAUGAAGUGCAGCGCAUGGGUGAAUGUUCCACAUGCCGUCAAAGACUGCGCAGUGAGCUUUUCCUCUCGCAUGUCGUCAGUCUGGCGCAUUUCAUUCGUCGGCAGUGGCCGCAACUAGGUGUGGUCAUCUGGGACGACCAGCUAAGAUCGAUGUCUCUCAGCGAACUGCAGCACUCACAGGUGGGCAGCUACGUGGAGCCAAUGGUCUGGGUGUAUGCCAGUGACAUCUAUCGAUUCAUUCAGCCACAGCUGUGGGAUACUUACGCCAAGGUCUUUCCCAGCGCCUGGACGGCGUCCGCUUUUAAGGGAGCCUUUGGCGAGAGCCUGUUGGUGCCACCGUUGCAGCAUCAUCUAGAGAAUAACAUCCGUUGGCUGGCGGUCAUUGCCAAAGAAGGCGGACGGUUCGCCAAGGGUUUAAGGGGCCUGGCCCUAACUGGAUGGCAGCGUUACGAUCAUUUCGCCGUGCUCUGUGAACUCUUGCCAGUGGGUAUUCCCAGCCUGAUGACGUCGCUGUCCACCGUCUCCAAGGGUUACUUUAGCAUUAAUCCCCGAGAUAACGAACUACUGCGCGUGCUUCAGUGCGUCUUCCAGCCGGACAGCCGGCGAUCGGGUCGUCCCUGGCUGGAACUGCAUCCGAAUGCCCAUCACAGCCAGCUUUUCGCUGUUUGCAACUAUCCUGGUCACAUGGUCUUUAAAUAUGCCCUGCGCCUGUUUGACAAGCUGGCCGAGAUUGGACUUUAUUUGCAGCAGACCCGCGAACAGAGCGCCUGGCUUUCCGAUUAUAAUGUACGACACAAUUUCAGUUCACCCCUGAGGGUUCGCGAACUGACUGCCAGGACACCAAUGUUGAUUGAGGAGCUGAGGACCAUGGCACGAGAGGCCCAACAAUUGCUUUGGGAGGUGUACGAUGAGUACACGGUGACGGAGUUUGUAGAGCAGCAUAUUUAUCCCACUAUCGAGGCAUUGCAGCGACAGUUGGCCAGAGCGGAAAUGCUGCUACAGCGACGCACAUGGCCACAGAGGCCCCUUCCUCUGCCCUUGAAAGUGCAAGAAGAUAUGGGACUGGUGACGAAUCAGCAGCAUCAGCCAUAAAAUGGCCAGACAAAUUAGGCCGAGUUUUAUUUGGCCUUGGCCCAAAUUUCAGUUAUAUUGCUUUAAUGGACUGAUCCAGAAUUGGUUGGCAGAUCUAAAUCUUAAUCUACUCGCAUAGUGAUGGCGUUCGAAACGCCCAAGCCCAGCACGGCUUAUAAGCCAGGAUAAUUCGAAUGUUAACAGCAGCAGCGGCACUUCCCAAAAUACAUAAUAGUAACAUUAGCCACUUGUAAUACUAAUAACAUCAAAUGUUCAUUUUUCAAGACUACUUUGUAAGCAGCCACUUAAAUAUACAAAUAUACAAAAUAAUCAUACUGUAAUAAAAAUAAAUCAAACAUCUCUA